AUCAACAACCAACCGUCUCUUUUUCGCAGCUUCUGGUCUUUGUCUAUUCACGGACAAAAGCCCUCGCUGUCACCAGUCAUCGUCCCCCAUUUAGAAGGGAAAGGGCUUGCGAAGAGGAAAACGUGGGGGAAUAAUACUCAUAUUUUUUACAAGAAAGGAAACAAGAAACAGCGGCGCAAGGAGAAGGCCAUCAGAGGCGAUGAUGCUCCUCCUCCACCCCGCCGACGCGCGCUCCGCCCUGGCGGCGGCGGCGGCGGCCACGGCCUCCUAUCACGUCUCGAUCCCGCCAUGGGGCGGCGGGAGGAGAGGCGGGCGAGCGGCGUAUCGCCCCGUCUCGGCCCGUGCGGAUCCCUCUCCGAGUCCGCUCUCCGUCUCGCUGGAGGCCGCAUCCGCCGCCGCCGUGAAGGAGGGCAAGAAGCCCGCCGUCUGCACCGCCGACGAGCUGCACUACGUGCCGGUCCCGGGCACCGAGUGGAGGCUCGCCCUCUGGCGUUAUACCCCCUCCCCGGAGGCGCCGUCGAGGAAACAUCCCUUGAUGCUUUUGUCGGGGGUGGGGACGAACGCGAUUGGGUUUGAUCUCUCUCCUGGGGUUUCAUUUGCUCGUCACAUGUCUAGCCAAGGAUUUGAUACAUGGAUUGUGGAAGUUAGAGGUGCUGGGUUAAGUACACGUGUAACUGAAUCCAAGGCAAUUGAUCAGUCCUCCAGUAAACCUGUUAUAUGUAAUCCAAAUUUUGUUAACAAGUACAACUCAAAUGUUGAUACGCCUGUAGAGGAAUAUUCAAUUGUCAAAACUGGUCUAAUGCCAGAUUCUGAACUCUCCAUGAAAAAUGGAAACAAGACAGAUUUAGUUCCUUGGGAUGAAUCACAAUUAGUAACAAGUCUAACAGCUACUUUGAUGCAUUUGGCUGAAAGGCUUUCGGGUUAUCUAAAUGAAGGUCAAUUAAGGGUUGUCUCCGCUAAAUUCUUUGAUCGGAUUUCAAAACUUCUGGAAGAUGCUCGAUUAUCUGAACGGUUUAAUGAGAUCACAGACAAAAUUUCAGGUUUGUUAGAAGCAAGGCAAAAUUCUUCUGUUGCUGGCCAAAUCAGAGAUCUAAGUCAACGACUUGUAAAUAUUAUUGAGGAAGGUCAACGAUCUGUUUCACCGCAACUGUUUGACUUGCAAGAGCGCCUUUCAGCAACCAUUGAAGAUUUCCAGAAACAGCUGGAUCUGAUUGUUACAUAUGAUUGGGACUUUGAUCACUACCUGGAAGAGGAUGUUCCUGCUGCGAUGGAAUAUAUAAAGCUUCAGAGCAAUGCAAAGGAUGGAAAAUUGCUUGCAAUUGGUCACUCCAUGGGGGGAAUAUUGUUGUAUGCAAUGCUGUCAAAAUAUGGUUUUGAAGGAGUACAAUCUGGAUUGGGAGCAGUUGUUACAUUAGCAUCAUCUGUUGACUAUACAUCAUCUAGAUCUUCACUCAAGUUGUUAUUGCCUCUUGCUGAUCCUGCACAGGCUCUAAAUGUUCCUGUUGUCCCAUUAGGAGCAUUACUUGCAGCUGCUUAUCCUUUAUCAUGUCGUCCACCAUAUGUUUUGUCAUGGCUCAAUCCUCAAAUUUCAGCACAGGACAUGAUGCAUCCUGAAUUGUUUGCAAAGCUUGUCUUAAAUAACUUUUGUACUGUACCUGCCAAGGUUCUCCUACAGCUGACGACUGCUUUCCGUGAUGGAGGGCUAUGUAACAGAACUGGCACUUUUUUUUACAAGGAUCAUCUGCAUAAAUGCAAUGUUCCCGUCCUGGCAUUGGCAGGAGACCAGGAUUUGAUUUGCCCUCCUGAAGCUGUGAAUGAAACUGUCAAACUCAUCCCUCAGCAUAUGGUCACAUGCAAAAUAUUUGGAAAAACAGAUGGCCCACAUUAUGCUCACUAUGAUUUGGUGGGCGGGCGGCUGGCAAUUGAUGAAGUCUAUCCCUGCAUUAUAGAGUUUCUUUCUCAGCAUGACAAGCUAUCGUUGUCUUGAGAUUUGCGUGGAACUCAGAGACCGCAAUUCCUGCGUUGAUCCAAUCGGGUGCCCUUUCAUAUUUUUUGACACAUUUAGGGUUUCUCAUCAUUGGAGGAUUGGGAUAAAGGUUGGUGAUUCUGAUACCUUGACCUAUGUAUCAGACUGACAUCCUUGAAUGGGUAACACUAGUGGUAAAGAACAUUAAUUCUCUAGGUGCCCGCAUAUUAUGACAUACGUUUCAUAUGUCCUGGAAAUUUGUUGGUCACAGACCGCCCAGUAAAUUGUUUCUAUUGCUUCUGUAGAUGUCUUGUAUAUGGUUACAAAAAAAAAGUAUGGAAACAGGACUGCAAUAAUGCGGUUGGAGUCCAUGUCUUGCAUAAAGAAGACAAUCCAUGCAAUGGUUUAUCUUUUCUCUUUUUUAUUUCCUCUA